UGCGCUGUGUCCUUCGGACACAGCGGAUCACCGAUCUAUGGAAAGAGCCAAAGAUGUUGGCUCGGUCAUGUAAUCAGCUGUGUCCAAUCACAGCUGAUCACUGAUCAUCAGGGCACUGAUGAUCAGUGUGCCCUGAUGAUCAGUGUGGCCCCAGAAGUGCCACCAGUCAGUGUCCAUCAGUGCCAGCUGUCAGUGCUAAACAGUGCCACGUGCCAGUGCCACAUCAAUGCCACAUAUCAGUGCCCAUCUGAGCUGCCUUUCAGUGUCAUCCAUCAGUGCCAGUCAGUGCCACCUAUCAGUGCCACCUAUCAGUGCUGCCAAUCAGUGCCACCUAUCAGUGCUGUCAAUCAGUGCCACCUAUCAGUGCCAGUCAGUGCCGCCUAUCAGUGUGCAUCAGUG